UAUUAAAUGAUUGAAAUGACAAUUCUCACUUUUGUUGUGAAAGCGCUAAUGUAAUACAAUUAGGAAUGACAGUUGAUGUAAUGGGCUUCCUGUUGGCGGGCACAUACACCUCAUUGGGCGUUGUAAAAGCUAUGGAUAAUGACUCGUUUAUUCAAUUAGGAGCAAGUCUCAUUGUUGGUGGUGUUCUAGGUUAUGGUGCAUAUUUGAAUUCAAGAGAUCCCCCACGUCCUUUGUUUCAGUUGUCUACUGAACUUUUGUUGGCCGGUAUAAUGGGUACACGUUAUACUUUGACGAGCGAUGUUAACGAUGGCGCAUUAUUUCUAGCCACAGCUGCUUCAGCGUUUUACAAUUCUUAUACUUAUACCGAAGAUUUAAGCAAUCAAAUUGAUAUUGACGACUUCUUGGGAAGAGUGGAUAGUAGAAAAAUCACUAUUAAAAUACCAGAUAUCAAAAGGGUGAUUGAAUAACUGAAUAUGAAAUUUGUGAAUAUGUAUAUGCAUAUGUAUGUAAAUAUUUAAAGAGUUUAAAUUAAAAAAAAACUACUAUAAUCCUGCGUUAGGAGGCAUUAUAACAACCCUCCUCUUAAACUCGCUUCUCUUACCAGCAAAACGGCGAAUUAACAAAGUUUUUGCGGAUGUUUGCGAACUUUAUAGUUUUACCGCUGUGAUAAUA